AUUCCAUUUUUUGUGUAAGUAAUAAUAAAUAUUUAUGGUUUUAUUUAUGUAACAAUGUACGGUUACGUAAAGAAAUAUUUCUUUCAGAGUGUAGAAAGGCCACUAAAGUCGUCCUUAGAUAAAUGACUACUAAAUUAACCGUACAUGAUAACGUCCAUCGCGGGGGCAAAAUAGCUAGAGGCCGGGGCUCUAUUGCGCCAUGGCGUCUGGGCGCGAGCGCGCAUGCGUUAGCAUUUUCCCGCCAAACACCGCGCGAGCGUCCGCGUCCACAAACAAAACCUUUAUUUUUUUUUAAUUUGAAAAUGUAAGAUGUUAUUGUUUUAAUUUUUUGUGUUUUUGAAGUGCUGUGUCGUGAUGUAGCCAUGUUUUUGGGAAUUCUUCUGCUGCUGAGCGAGUGCACUGCACUUGCUUUUAAUACCAGCGAUGUUAGCCCGCGGGAUACGUGGACAUUACGCUACCCACCGCGGAAGUCCCAUGUGCGACGCCAGCGCACCAUCCCGGCCAGCACGCCAUUCUUCUGCCAAGAUUCCUUGGCUUUUGGCAAGAGUAAGCAGCCUCCGACGUCGGUACAUCGGUUACGACCUGGCGACAUCGACGUGGUGGCUGCUUUGGGCGACUCGCUAGUGGCCGGGAGCGGUGCCUUGGAGGAGUUUGCCCUCGGAGCCUUCGUGGAGUACAGAGGGGUUUCCUGGUGUGCAGGAGGCGAAGGUACCUGGCGCGAGUACCUAACAGUUCCGAACAUCCUCAAAUUGUACAACCCGGGGCUACGAGGCUACUCGACCGGCACGGGCGAGUGGCUCGCACGUAACGCUCGCAUGAACGUCGCCUUCCCUGUGGCGUCAGACCAGGACGCGCUCAAACAGGCCAAGAUCCUGGUGGCUCGCAUGUUCGCAGCCCCCGACAUCGACGUCGCUCAACACUGGAAGCUAGUCACCAUAUUCCUCGGCGCCAACGACCUCUGCUCCGCCUCCUGUCUGUCACCCAUCGAGUGGUCACCGCUGGCACACGCCAAGAAGUUGGCACGGGCGUUGGACUACCUGCACGCUAAUCUGCCGAGAACUAUAGUCAACUUAGUACCUGUAUUAGACGUAUCGGUCUCCGUGCGCGUGCGGCGGCCCGCCAUGUGCAGACUCAUGCACCCGCUGUUCUGCACGUGCUUCCACCGCGGCGGCGGCGAGCUGCGCGCGCUGGUCGCCAUGACCAGGCUGUACCAGAGAGCGGAGACCAUGCUGGUGGAAAGCGGCCGUUACGACACCCGUCCCGACUUCACAGUGGUCAUACAACCCUUCAUGCGGCUGUUCAACGCGCCCUGGCCGCCUUCCGCUAAUCUACCAUUAGUGAUCCACCAGUCCUACAUCACACACGACUGCUUCCACUUCUCGCAAAAGGGACACGCUCUAGCGGCCAACCUCCUCUGGAACAACCUCCUGGAACCCGUCGGCAACAAGACCGAUGAUGCUGAACCUGUGCUACUCCGCUCAUUCCGCUGCCCGACCAGAGAAGCUCCCUUCAUCUUCACUCAUAACAACUCCAGGAUCUACCUCGAAACUGGACGCCAAGAGGGAUAUGAUGAGUUAUGACAAACGGACGAUGUCUUAUUUAACACAAACGGACUCUAUAACUAAAAAGUGUGAGGAAAUCAAACUAAUCUUCUUUAACCUACUGAAUUAGAUCACCGCGCUAGCUACCGAUCGUCUGAGUGAAAUGGAAGGGUAUUAUGUGCACUCUCUUUCAAUCAAGGCUCGGAACCGGUUUUUUCUUCAUACAAAAAAUAUCGGUAUUAUUACGUUCUUUUUCGUUCUUUGGUUUAUUAUUUAAUUUUUAAUGGGACUAUCUAAUAAUGCGAAGUUGUUACCUAAAUACAUGGUCCAGUCCUACGUAAAGAGUACAAAAUAAUUAAAAAUAUUGGGCUAUUUCGGGAUUUAAAAAUAAACCGGUUCCGAGCCCUGCUUUCAAUUUCCUCUAUAACGUUUUCCCAUUCCAUUUUCAUUUUCAUUUUGGAAAUUGACCAUUUUCGUUGCUCGACCAGAACUUCUCCUUUCCUGUUCACACACAAUAGCUCUAGGAUGUAUCAACAGACCGGCAAGACGAGUACGAUGAAUUAUGAUGAAAGAAAUCAUCAACAAGGAGUUUAGAAGAGUUUAACUCGCACGAAAUUAUACAGAGUGUAAGUAACAUGAAUGCAUGACACUUACAAGAAGUAACGACCUUAACUAGCCACUUACUUGCUUUUGGUAGCUGUAGUUACCAGCUGUCACCCUUAUUUUAUUAUAAUAAUAGAAGUCACUGAAAAUAUGAAGCAUGUGAGUGGCUAGAAGACCUCGCGACCUGAGUAAAAUGGAAGGCCAUAUGUGCACUUGUGCAUUCCAUUUCAACCUCCUUUGGAACAAAUUUCAAAGACGAUCAGCCUACAAAGGAAGCUUUUCUUCCUGUCACACACAAACUCUAGGAACAUACCUCGCUACUGGACCACAGGAGGGGUACGAUGGGUUAUGACAAAGGACUCAUUAAUGAGGAGGAGCCUUGAGUUGUUGAAAAGUUUGGAUUUGAAGAUACGACACUGAAAGAAAUGUUUGCAUAACUGUAACAAAAUUUUGGUUACUGUUUACACAAAAAUUGGGACUUGCGAACUAUGUGUUAUAUGUUACAAAACCGUGUUUGGCUAUCAGUGUUCAGGUACUGGGUAUACACUACAAAAUAAGUUUGUAAAUUUAUGCAAAGUUUAUUUUCUUAUAACCGUAGUUUAGUUAUUUAGUAAAGUUACAAAACCAGUUCGGCUAUCUAUUUUUUUCAGUGGAGGUGUACAGUGGUAAGACCAAAAAAUGUCACUGAAUAAGUCGUCAAAUUAGAUCGACGCGACCUUACCUGAGUAAGAUGGAAAGAGUACGGAUCCCUUUGUUUGACAAAAUUAUUGAAAGUCAUAAAGGAUUGUCAGAUUAUCAUUAGUCAUAAUUCUGAAACCGUUAACUUCUUAUGUGUGUUUUACCGCUUGUACAAUGGGCUGUGCUCUGAAGAAUUGUUCGACAUGAUGCCCACGGCUACUUUCUAUCACCGCACCGCCCGCCGUCGGCAGGGUGUUCAUCCUCACAGCCUAGAACCUAAAUGGUCACGCACUGUGCGGUUUAAGAGGAACUUCCUCCCGCGCACGCUCCGGUUGUGGAAUGAGCUACCUGCCGAGGUUUUCCCGAGGGUCUACAGUAUGAGGUUCUUCAAAAAAGGAGUGUACAGAUUUUUAAAGGGUCGGCAACGCGCAUGUAACACCUCUGGAGUUGCAGGCGUCCAUAGACUACGGUGACUGCUUACUAUCAGGCGGGCCGUAUGCUUGCUUGCCACCGUCGUGGUAUAAAAAAAAACUUCUCCGGAUUUUCGUAAGGUUAUCCUAUAUAGAUAGUUUUGGUUAGUUUUGUUUUAAAAGUAACGCGUUUCUGAGAAAAAGAAAAUUAUGACUAACAAAAAUGCGGACAAACUACAUUAUGACAUAAAACUUUAUGGGAAACAAUAAAGACCCGGAAGGGUAUUAUGUGCACUCCCUCGUAAUCUCUUCUAGAACAACUUACAUACGUGAAGUAAUGAAAGGGACGAAUAAAAUAAUUCUAAGAAACUUACUUCAAAAUACAGUGAAGGAAUAAAAAAUCUCUCUGUUUCGAUGGGCCUAGCCAAGAUGAAAAUCGUUGAUAGAAAACGUCAAUCGAAAAUUAAAUGACGUAUGGAAAUAGUCACGUAACUUAUUGUAGCGUACGAAAAGAAAAGAAAAAUGUAUCGGAUGCUGUCAUUUUGGAUGUCAGCAUGGGUGACAGCAUCCCGAUACAUUUUUCUUUUCGUUUGGCGUUUGUCGAUGUACGAUUAGCAUCUUAGCUAGGCCCCCUGUCUAGAGAGAAAGUUUUAAAAACUGAUGAAUGAUGUGAUGGUAUUGAUUGUGUUGUACGAAAAAUUCAAUUAUCUUAAAGCAAACGUCUAAUGAAAUGCGCCCAUAGUAAAACAAUCGUAGAUUCUCUGUGAAAGCAAACUUUGUAGCAAACUUUAAUUCCACUCACUGGUGGAUGCAGCAUGUUAAAUAUGAAGUCAUGAAAGUACACAAGGUUUUUACAAAUUAGUUGCCAAAUGCCGGUGUACCCCAAGGAUCAGUACCCCUAGUGUAAAUUUUAUCGACAUCAUAACGUGACGAACGGGUACUGUACCCCUAGUGUAAAUAAAUUCGAUUUCGAAACGUGACGUACGCGUUUGCGUUUAGUCUCAUUUUGUAUGUGAUUUAGAAAGAGCGCGCCAAGCGGGGCGUUUUGGAAACUCAAAAUCCUAUACAAAAUGAGACUUAACGCAAACGCGUUCGUCACGUUAUGAUGUCGAUUAAAUUUACACUAGAGGUACUGUUCUAGAUAUACAGUUCAUACAGUUGUGAUGUUUAGAACACUACCUAUCUUUCAAGACAGUGGUGGGUAAAGUACGGCCCGCGGGCCAGCUACAACGAGGCCAGCUACGACCCGUGAAGCGAUUUGAUCUGGCACACUGUGGUCCGCGAAAAAAAAGCAUUUUUGCUGCAAUUCUGGCCCCCUUAAAUUUAAUAAAUUUUCGGGCCCACCAUGAAGAAAGUUUGCCCACCACUGUUUUAAGAGUUUAACCUCCUUAAUCAUCAAACUGUAUACGCCUCAAUUAGUUAAUUUAUUUUUAACCCCUUUCUUACAAAUAAGUCAAAAUAAUAGAUUAAGACAAACGAUUAUAGCUUAAUCAAUUAAGCUUGAUCAAUUAAGGGUUGUAGUGCGCUUAUGAAUAACACCAUGAGUUUUCAAGAAUGUACCUACUAAACCUUUUGAACGUUGCAUUGGAUCUUCGGGUUUGAACUGUGUAUUUUUUCUCUACGAACUAAUAUAAGUAGAGGUAAAAUCUAUGGAAAAAACCUGCUCCUGAUUUUGACAUCCAAAAUAUGUAGAUAGCUCUGUUCUGCGCCAUAUGAUUAGUGGUCACUGAAUAGGAAAUAUUACUGCAAUGUUCUGCCACCAGAGAGCAGCACUAGCAUCUUUCGUACAUACUGUGCCUUAAACUGUUUUUUGACAAGUUUUCACAGAUAAUAAAAUAUUACAUUGACGCAUCAAGGCGGUUUGUUUACAAAGGGCCUACUGGGAAACGAGAAAAUCUAAAUUUAGUUAUCUGUCUCUUCAUCGCUCGAAUAUGCAAGAGUGAUAUAGAGGUUAGAUAACGAAAUUUCGAUUUUUUUGUUUCGGGGUAGACCCUCAGAUUGUGAUGGAUUGUGGUAGUGGCGCCCCCUACUAAUUUUCCUUAUUGCCAAA